AUGGUGCUCUCCACAAUAGACGAGAUACCAAUCGAGUUCGAUAAGAAACAGUAUAACGAGCCGACGACCGUCGACGUCAAGUCCGAGUCUAUCCAGUAUGCGGACGAGCCCAUACAGUUGGAGUGGACGGAAGAGGAGGAACAGGUUAUCAAGCGUAAGCUCGACUGGCACACUGUCCCAUUGGUGACAACCUUAUAUCUUCUCUGCUUUUUGGAUCGAGCGAAUAUUGGAAAUGCCAGGAUCCAGGGCAUGGCCAAAGAUAUCAACCUUGAAGGAUACCGAUUCAACUGGGCGCUGUCGAUCUUCUACAUCAUCUACCUUCUCGUCGAAGUACCGAGCAACAUCAUCCUCAAACGCGUAGGCCCACGAUUCUACCUGCCAUUCCUAGUCGUUGGCUUCGGUCUAGUCUCGCUUUGCACGGCUUUCGUACGCUCUUAUGAGGGUCUUAUCGUUGCCCGCGCCUUCCUGGGUAUCUUUGAAGGUGGUGCCAUGCCAGGAUUCUCCUUCUUUCUAAGCAGCUUCUACAAGAGAGAAGAGCUCUUGUUCCGGCUAGGUAUCUUCAUUUCAGCAGCAUCAUUGGCUGGCGCAUUCGGCGGUCUGCUCGCCACUGGCCUCUCUCGCAUUCCGGAAUGGGGGUUCGACAGCGCACCGAUCCACACAUGGAGGAACAUAUUCUUCUUCGAGGGAUUCGUCACAAUGCUCUUCGGAGGUUUUGCACCUCUCUGGAUGCCUACGAAUCCCGCUACCGCUUACUUCCUCGACGAAAGACAACGAGCGAUUGCGGCAGAGCGUCUGCAGCGCCAGCAUAAGGCCGAUGUUGAUCAAAAAGUCACUCUUUCCGACGUGAAGCGAGCUGUGUUCUGCAUCCACAACUACACGUGCGCCUUCGGCUUUUUCCUGAUCAACAUCACCGUUCAGGGAAUUUCGGUCUUCAUGCCGACCAUUCUUGCCGACUUGGGCUGGACAGCGACGCGAGCGCAGUUGUACUCUGUACCGCCUUACGUUGUGGCUGCUAUCACCGCCAUCAUCAUCGCGUGGUUCAGUGAUCGAACACGUCAACGCGGUAUCUACCUUGCCGUGUUUUCAAUGAUUGCCGUUAUCGGUUUCGCCAUUUUGAGGUUUGCGACCGAGGCUAACAUCAGAUAUAUGGGCGUGGACCUACACGUUUAA